GCCACCCAUCACUUUAAAACAAUCCAACAACUUCCAAGCUCGAGGAGUUGAGGGGAAAAAUGGCCCUGAAUCUAUGGACCCCACUCACCGAAGCUAUUUUCCACUACACUGGCCUCUCGCCGACGGCGUUCUUUACCAUUGCGGCCUUGAUGGUGGUGACUUACAAGGUGGUUUGCGGCAUGUUCGGCGCCGACGAUGACGACAUGUAUGUCAAGAAGGCCAAAGAGGCCGCCAGCCGCCAGCCCUUAGAUAUGGGCGAUAUGACCGAAGAGGAGCUUUUAGCUUACAAUGGCUCCGAUCCUAAAAAGCCCUUGCUCAUGGCUAUCAAACGACAAAUCUAUGAUGUCUCUAGCUCCAGGAUGUUCUAUGGUCCUGGCGGGCCUUAUGCAAUGUUUACUGGGAAGGAUGCAAGCAGAGCCUUAGCUCAGCUGUCAUUUGACCCUAGAGAGAUUAACGGGAACCUUGAAGGCCUAAGUGAGGAUGAGCUCGAAAUUCUGCUAGACUGGGAGUAUAAAUUCAUGGAGAAGUAUGCGAAGGUGGGGCAGCUUGUUCCAAAUAAGACGGUCGGUGAGUUGCCCGAGGGCAAAGAAAAUGGCAACAAGGUAGUGGCAAGAAGUAUAAAUGACGAAAACCAUGAACACGAUAAACUCCAGGGAAGUAAAAACAGCAACGAAGAUGAUGAAGCACAACCAGAAACUCGCUGAUCAAGAUGUGGUUCCCCGAUGUCCACUCGGUAUGGCUGGUGACAAAGGAAGAUGAUACUCACAAGCCUUUGAGCGUGACAUUGCAGAUGGUGUGUUUGCUAGAAGGAAAUGUAUACAUAAAGAGAUGUAGUUAAUGGAGUUAUUGUUGAUUUGAUUAGUUGAGGUUAUAAUAGCAACAAAGCAGAACAAACAAAUUGUUAAUAGUUCUUCUGAACUGACAUUGUGGCUGUGUAUUCAUUACCUACUACCUAGUGAUUACUAGAGACUCAAACACACUGAUUAAUGAAAUGGUAUUUCAUGUUAUAUUAGACAUCAAA